UGUAAACAAUAAAACAGUCUGAACGUGGAAGCAGCGGUGGAUUUAACUAUAAUAUUUAACGCAAAUUUAAUCCUUUGUUCGCUUAAAUCAGCGACGACAAUAUCAGAUUAACGUAGGUUAGCAUAUCGUCUGAUUUAUUUGGGGGUUACUCUAGGUUAACCUCGCGGUCUCGGGCUGAAAUAAGCACCAAUGCGUCCGUAGCUAAUGCUAAUGCUGAAGAUGCUAACCCGGCGUGCUCUCAGGAGGAGUCAGUAAAGAAGCCAAACCUGUCAUUUUAGUCAUUUAUCUACAGAUUUUCCUCUUCGCUCCAGAUUUACUCAACGGUAGAAAAGUGACACUAGUGUCGUCGCAGAAUGCAGGAAGAUGCAAGUCGCUCUGCCACCUACACGGUGCCCUGUGAGGACUACGUCCAUGUAGUGGAGUUCAGCCCAUAUGACUGUGGCUCUGCAGCUUCUCUUCUGGCUUAUGGGGGAAACCAGUAUGUAGUGGUGGGCACCUGUCGUUUUAAGGAGGAAAAUACGGACAUAGAAGGAGUAGAAUUCAACACUCUACGUGUCUUUGUGCAUGGCGUUCGUGUUGAUGCCCUUGCAUGGAGUCCAGAGUCCAGGUUGGACAAACUACCCCAGAUUAUCAGGUUUUGCACUGCUGCAGCUGACAGAAAGCUAAAGCUGUUUACUUCAGAUCUUCAGAACCGACAUGAAGUUAAGGUGAUGGAGGGACACACCAGCUACAUCAAUCAUGUAGUGUUUGAGCCCACAGAAGGAAAGCAAAUAGCAUCGGUCAGUGAUGAUCACACUUGCAGGGUUUGGGACCUGGAAGGCAAUGAAACUGUCUCGUUUCGACUGUGGUCUCCAGGUGUCAGUGUAUGCUGGCACCCAGAGGAGGUCUUUAAGCUUAUGGUGGCUGAGAAGAAAGGCACCAUCCGUUUCUAUGACCUGGUCUCCCAGCAGGCCAUUCUGUCCCUGGACAGUGGACAGAUGCCACUGAUGUCUGCAGAUUGGUGCCUCACCAACACCAUUAAGGUGGGCGCCGUUGUAGGCAGUGACUGGGUGAUCUGGGAUAUUACUCGCUCUAGUUAUCCUCAGGAGAAGAGGCCGGCUCACUUGGACAAGGCGCGGCUCUUCAGGUGGUCGAGAGCAAAUGAAAAUCUCUUCUCCACUACUGGCUGCCCAGGAAAGGUCAACAGUCAGUUACUGGUGCAUCACCUCGGUCACCCUCAGCCUGUGAUGAUUGGCUCGUCCUCCGUGGGGGCAGGUCUUAGCUGGCACAGGAACCUCCCUCUGUGUGUGAUUGGCGGAGACCGAAAGCUCUCCUUCUGGAUGACGGAGAUGUGAACUGGUAUCUCCUUCUGAGGAAUGUAUCUAUUUUUGUAGCUCUUUUUCUUCAAUAAAGUCUGCUUUUUUUCCA